CCGUCUAAACUAAAUUCAGAGAGUGGGUUGCUUCUCAUAUUUUCUAGAGCCUUCUGAUCUAAAUUGCGAGAGUGUGAUCUGGAUUUCUAUAAUCAGUGGAUUGCUUCUUUUGUCUACAAUCGUGUAAGGAGGAUUGAGAGGAAAAAAAGGGAGAAGAAUAGCGAUUGGUUUUGGUUGUGAAGAAAAGGGAGAAGAAGAGCGAUUGGUCUGCGUUGUUCGAUAUUAUUCAGAGAUCGAAGAAGGGACUGUGGUGCUUUGAUUUGUGGCUUUGGUGGGUUUGGCGAGAGUGAAGAUCGCAGAUUCUAUGCAAAAAAGUUUGAGGGUGAUUUUCUUGCUGCUGUUCGUUUGUCUGUUAUUUAGUGCUAUCUCAAUCUAUUAUUUUGAUUCAGAUUCUGCGAACAGUGUGCAGUUGAAAUUUUCAAGUGGUUUGAACUCAGUGAUGUCGACAAAGACUACAAAAAGAAAGCUAAGGAGAAUUUCUCAAGACAAUAAUGAAGAUGGUCAAGAUAAUCAAACAGAAACACAAAGAAUGUUUAAUGAUGAGAGUUUUGCUACUGUUUCAAAUAUGGACGCACAUUGUCAGAGAAAAUCACGAAGGUUGAAAAAAGCAUGUCAACCGAUGAUGAUGGAAGAGAACCAAAUUCUGCACAACAGUGAUGAAGAUCGAAAUACAUGUGAUCAUCGUGAUAAGCAAAUUAGAAGUGAUCAACAACAUCGUGGUGCGAUUGUAAAUCAGAUGUUCUUUGCUGAUCAAAACACAGAUACUAAUAGUACAACUGCUAUGGGUGAAUCUUCGCAUUCAAUCGGUCAAGCAAUAUAUCAAAGAACUUUACAAGGAUUGAUUGUGAACUAUGAAGAUUCUGGAGACAAUAUUUAUAAAUGCACUUAUUGCGAUGCAUAUUUUUGGUUCGAAGAAGCUCUAAAACAAUCAUCUACAAAUGCAGAAAUUAUAUAUACAAAUUGUUGUAAAAAAGGACAAGUCAGACUUCCAAAGCCUAGACCAACUCCCAAUUUUCUUACAACAUUAUUAGACGACAAAGUUUUUAAAGAGAAUAUUAGAGUUUAUAAUUCAAUGUUUUGUUUUACAUCGAUGGGAGCAGCAAUUGAUCAUAAAAUAAAUGCUGGAUUUGGUCCUUAUAUAUUUAAAAUUAGUGGGCAAGUUACAGGGGAGAUUCCAUACAAUGAUUACAAGCUAGAUCAGUUUGUUCCUCAAAAAACUGUAGCGUACAUAAGCCAACACAACCUUCAUGUACCUGAGAUGAUUGUUAGUUCUUCAUUUCCAUCAUUGACAUGUGAAGUUAGAUUUGCUCAUGCAAAUAUAAUACUAGAGGUUAGCAGGAGAGAAAAGGAAGCAGGAAUUGUUCCUGAUCCAGAUAUUGACACCUACAUGAAGUUUAUCUUCACCCUCAAGUUUCAGACUUUGGAAGGCGAAAAGCUUGCAAUGGAAAAACAGAUUAGGGCAUUGAAGGGAGGAAUUGAUGAAAUUAGGAACAAAGAAUCAAGUCAUACUCCCGCAGCAACUGUUGCUAGUAUAUAA